AAAUGACAUGUUUCGUGGUCAUUCAUCGACACUUCCUCAUUUGUUGAAGAACAAGGCAACAGCAAGUACAGCAAGUACUUAUGAUCAAUUCUUGUUUAUUUGUACAUGUAGCUACAGUCGCAGCUUCCAGGUUGCUGUGAGUACCAAACACUGCUUUGUAAUUUCUUUCGAGUUCAUGAAGGUGGCUCAAUAUGCUAGAACGUAGUGUAGAGUAGCACGAAGUAAAGCACCACGUUGUGUUCACAAUUUCAGACACUGCAAUAGCUGCUGAGGCUUUGGUUUUCAUUUCAUCCAGGAGAGCUCCCUUUGCCAAAGUUGAGGAGGACCUGACGGAUGUGGCUUUUACUUCUGUUUUCGCUCGGCAUACGCGAGUCGUGGCAGAAGGUUUGGUACCCGGGAGUGGAGGAUCAGAUUGAGGGCUGCUACACAGUGACUGCUGAUCUAACAGAUGACCACAGUACUGCCAGCUGUGGAGGAAAGCAGUGUCCCAACUGCUACGAGCUUGACACCUCAAGCAGUGCAAUCACCUUGACAAUUACAAACUGCCACUAUGUCAAUGGAGCGGCUCUAACUGGUCAGGCAGUCUUCUUGUAUGCUUUCUACAAUACUGGAAAAGGCUCUGCCUUUGUCAAGGAUGGAAGUGCAGCAGGUGCCCGAGAAUACUUCAUCAGGCCUCUGGGGCAGGGCGAUGCUGCAACAACUUGCAUGUGCAAGGAUGGUCAGCUUGCCUGUAGUGCCGACACUCCCGAAGUGCUGAAGGUCACUGCAAGCGGCUCCUCAGAGCCGAGCACAGAGUGCGCAACCUUGAGUGGAACAUCAAUAGCGCUGGACCUGAGCACCACUGCCUGCAACUCACAAUACUGCCCCACAUGCUUCAACUUGGAUACCACGUCAGGUGGUGCGGACAUGGCAAUUACCCUCACGAAUUGCAACUACUACAUGGGGAAGGAUAUGGCUUCAAACUACGUUAUCAAGUAUGACUUCUACAACUUUGGCACCUAUGCAGCUUCCCUCACUGACGGAGGAGGUGUAACAUACCAAAUCUCGUAUGGCGAGUUUGGUGCAUCUGCCACUCAUUGCGCAUGUCUGGCAGGGACGUCGGGUGCUCUGAGAAACAUCCAUCGUGUAUUUUGCAGGAAGAUGCGACUUGAGUUCUGUAGGAAUAGCACUGUUUGGCAUGUUUAG